AAAAAACUACGACACCCAGAAUUCACGGCGCGCCUCCAGCCACGCCCCCUUCUCGGAAUAGUAUGAUAAGCCGGCGGGAAGAAGCAAGAUGGCGGCUCUUGGAGGGAAGCGGUUGAGUUCAUCGCAUGGUGGAAAAUAGAAUUGAAACUGUGCAUGAAAGAUGCCUGGCAACACUUACUCUCCAGGAGUUUGCUGCUGUUGUGCCGCUUUGCGCCCUCGUUAUAAGCGCCUGGUGGAUAACAUAUUCCCCGAAGACCCCAAAGAUGGCCUUGUCAAAGCCGACAUGGAGAAGCUGACUUUCUAUGCGGUCUCUGCCCCGGAGAAACUUGACCGAAUUGGUGCCUAUUUAGCUGAAAGGCUGAGCCGGGAUGUUGUCAGGCACCGCUAUGGGUACGUCUUCAUUGCCAUGGAAGCCCUGGACCAGCUGCUCAUGGCUUGCCAUUCUCAAAGCAUCAAGCCCUUUGUGGAGAGCUUCCUGCACAUGGUGGCCAAGCUGCUGGAGUCCGGAGAGCCCAAGCUGCAAGUGUUGGGGACCAACUCGUUUGUGAAAUUUGCGAACAUUGAGGAGGACACGCCUUCCUACCACCGCCGCUAUGACUUCUUUGUAUCGCGCUUCAGUGCCAUGUGCCAUUCGUGCCACAGUGACCCGGAAAUACGGAACGAGAUCCGGAUUGCUGGGAUCAGAGGCAUCCAGGGGGUGGUUCGCAAAACGGUGAACGACGAGCUCCGGGCCACCAUCUGGGAGCCUCAGCAUAUGGACAAGAUCGUUCCCUCAUUGCUUUUUAACAUGCAGAAGAUAGAAGAUGCUGACAGCCGGAAUGGGCCACCUGCAUCUCCAACGGGAGGCGAUAAAGAGGAGGAUCCGGCUUAUCUGGCGGAGAACUGUUUCAGAGAACUGCUGGGUCGCGCAACCUACGGGAACAUGAACCACGCAGUCAGGCCAGUCUUUGCACAUUUGGGGCAUCACAAGCUGUGGGAUCCCAAUGAAUUUGCUGUUCAUUGCUUCAAAAUCAUUAUGUACUCCAUCCAGGCACAGUAUUCCCACCACGUGAUACAGGAAAUCCUGAGGCACCUCGACACCUGCAAGCGCGCCUCUCCCCGCGUCCGGGCAGGCAUCAUCCAGGUCCUUCUGGAGGCGGUGGCCAUUGCUGCAAAAGGGUCCAUUGGUCCCACGGUCCUGGAGGUGUUCAACACGCUGUUGAAGCACCUGAGCCUCAGCGUGGACUUCGAGUUGGGCAGCCGCCGGGGCUCCGAAGGCAGCACCGUUGACCUUUCCGCUCACUCCAAGGAGAACGACGAGAAGAUUGUGCAAAAUGCCAUCAUCCAAACCAUUGGUUUCUUUGGAAGCAACCUCCCAGAUUACCAGCGCUCCGAGAUUAUGAUGUUCAUUAUGGGGAAAGUGCCUGUCUUUGGGACGGUGUCACAGACUCUGGACACCAGUCAGCUGGGGGAACAGGGGACCAGGAGGAUUCAGAUCAUGUUGCUGCGGUCUUUGCUAAUGGUCACGUCCGGCUACAACGCCAAAAGCAUGGCCACGGUCCUCUCGGCCCCGUUUCUGGACCCUUUGCUGUCCUCAUCUCUCACGGAGGACUGUGAGCUCCGGCAACUCGUCCUGGAAAUAUUGCACAAUCUCAUUGAUCGCCAUGACAACAGGGCAAAACUCCGAGGCAUCAGGAUAAUUCCCGAUGUAUCUGAUCUGAAGAUCAAACGAGACAAGAUUUCUCGGCAAGAUGUCAGCUUCAUGAAGAAGCACGGCCAGCAACUGUAUCGCCACAUCUACCUGGGCUGCAAAGAAGAGGACAACGUGCACAAGAAUUUUGAGCUGCUCUAUACGUCCCUGGCGCUGAUCACAAUUGAACUGGCGAAUGAAGAAGUGGUCAUAGACCUCAUCCGGGUAGCCAUUGCGUUGCAGGACACUGCCAUUCUUAAUGAGGACAACUUGCCCAUGUUCAGCCGCUGUAGCAUCAUGGCCCUGGUUGCUGCCUACCUGAACUUCCUGAGCCAGAUGAUCGCCGUCCCUGCCUUCUGCCAGCACAUCAGCAAGGUUAUUGAAACUAGAACGAUAGAAGCCCCAUACUUUUUGCCAGAAACCGUAUUCCGAGACAAAUACAGUCUCCCCAAAACCUUGGACAAGGAUGACAAGACCUUGUUUUUCCUGACUCACAAGAUUGCGGAGUCCUUGGGCGGGAGCGGAUACAGCGUGGAGAGGCUCUCGGUGCCUUAUGUGCCCCAGGUCACAGAUGAAGACAGGCUCUCCCGGCGGAAGAGUAUUGUGGACACCGUCUCAAUUCAGGUUGACAUCCUUCCUGGUACAGAGGACAAGGUCAACAACACAGAAGAAAUUACCUUUGAAGCUCUGAAGAAAGCAAUAGACAACACCGGCCUUGAAGAGCAGGAGAAGGAGAAAAGGCGCCAAGUGAUCGAGAAAUUCCAGAAGGCUCCCUUUGAAGAGAUUGCGGCGCAGUGCGAAACCAAGGCCAACCUCCUUCACGACCGUCUUGCGCAGAUAUUGGAGCUCACCAUUCGGCCUCCUCCCAGCCCUUCCGGCACGCUGACCAUCACCGCCGGACACCCCCACUAUCAAUCCGUUCCUGUCUACGAGAUGAAGUUUCCGGAUCUUUGUGUGUAUUAAAGAGAAGCCUCUUAGCCUCUGCUGGGCAUGGCUUUGAGGCAUUGCGUUGAGCCCCUCUCGGUCAAUUCACCGCUCGGCCUUCGUUCAUUUCUUUGCCACGUUUUACCGGAGCUUUGGUACUUGAGUUGCAGAUUUUCAGAUUUCUCCCAGUUCUAUUUGUUCUGCUCUUGAUGUUGUGGUCGAUGAUUUCACGGCCCAUUUUUCUGUCCUCGUUGAAAGGGAAAAAAACGGUGAGUGCAAUAGUGUGUCUUGCUGGGCCUUCUCAGGCAGGCAUGGGCCAACUUGGGCCCUCCUUCCAGGUGUUUUGGACUCCAACUCCCACCAUUCCUUUUUUUUCUUAAGUUUUUUAUUUAAAUUAUUGAAAAAUUUUGAAUUUUACAUAUUCAGUACUUAAAAUUUAUACAUUCUUUAACAAAUUUGCAAUACAGAGUUUGUCAUAUCAUAGCUCCUAUGGUUUUUUCACUCUCUAACUAUAUUACAUACUCAUAUUAUUUACUUUUUGUUACCCCUCACCUAGUGCUAUCCCUUCACCCCAGACCAGCCAAUUACAAUAUUUAUUUCCAAAAUUCCAUUGUUUCUUUUACAGGUUUUUCCCCCUUUCCUUCUACGUAUACAAACUCUAUACAUUUUCCCCAUAUCUUCCCAAAUCAUCCUUUUUUAAUAACCCUCUUUUAAUUUUAAUCUUACAUGUCAAUUUAUCAUUUAUCGCAAUAUCCCAAAUCUCCUUAUACCAUUCUUCCAAUUGGCACUCCUCACUUCCUUUCCAUUUUUUGGCUAUUAACAAUCUUGCUGCUGUUACCAAGUUGGCGAUUAGUUCCUUUAACUCUUUUGAUAUUUGAAUAUUAUCCAUAAAUGACAACAGUGCUAUUUCAGGCGUUCCUAUUAUUUCUGUUUUGGUGAUUCCCUUUAUUUCUUUAAAAACGUUCUCCCAAAAUUUUUGAACAUAUUUUACAGGACCACCACAUAUGUAUGUAUGUACCGAAUUCCUGACAGCCCCUCCAGCACUGCUUAGAGUAUUUCUUAUCAAUUUGAUUUAAUCUAAUUGGUGUGAGGUACCAUCUCCAAACCACUUCAUAAUAAUUCUCUUUUAUUCUUAUAGACAUGUUUUUUAAUAUACGCAUAUUCCACAUUUCUUUCCGGAUUUGAGGGUGUAUUUCCUUAUUGCAAUCUAACUCCCACAUUUCUUUAAGGUGAUUCUGCUCCUGCUCUUUAUCUAUUACUCCCACCAUUCCUUAAGCGGUGGAGGGGGAAAAGGAAAGGGCCUGAGGCUGUUAGGAAUGGUGGGAGUUGGAGUCCAAAACACCUGGAAGAGCCCAAGUUUACCCAUAUCAGUUCUAGGAUUCUGUAUCCUGAAGAUACAGAUCCUAAGUGUUGUUUUUGCCUCUGUUUUCAGUCACUGCAAUAACCCUGAAUGCAGCCGCUUCCCAUGGCACAGGCUUCCUUUCGAAAGCCAAACAUAGGCAACACUUUGGACAUCCCAAAUACUUAGGGAUGGGAAAUAUAUAUUUUUGCCAUGUCGCCUUUAGAAUACCUAAAAGAUAUAUGUGUGUAUAUAUAAUCUAUAUUUAGUACUCCACAAAAUACUAAGUGCAUUUUAAAAUGGGAAAUAAGGGUCUUUUAAACUUGUACGAUAGAUCAUCCUCUGUAGCAUAGCGGUGUAUAGUCUUUAUAGUCUUUAUAGUAGUAUUUUGUCACUGAAAGGAAAACCUGUGGAUGGAACUUGCUGGGCAGGUUAGAAUUUUUUUAUUGUUGUGUGCCUUUAUUUUAGAAAUGCCUUGUUUCCAUUACAACUUCAUUGCAGUCUUGCUCUUUCGAGAAUGAUAUAUGGAUUUGUCCUAUAUCUCACACGAUAGGCUACUUGUGUGUAAAAAAGAAGCCUUACGGUUAUAAUCUCUAAAUGACACAAGACGCAAAGUACAGUAGAGUCUCGCUUAUCCAACAUAAACAGGCCGGCAGAACGUUGGAUAAGCGAAUAUGUUGGAUAAUAAGGAGGCAUUAAGGAAAAGCCUAUUCAAUGUCAAAUUAGAUUAUGAUUUUACAAAUUAAGCACCAAAAACAUCAUGUUAUACAACAAAUUUGACAGAAAAAGUAGUUCAAUACGCAGUAAUGCUAUGUAGUAAUUACUGUAUUUACGAAUUUGGCACCAAAAUAUCAUGAUGUAUUGAAAACAUUGACUAUAAAAAUGCGUUGGAUAAUCCAGAAUGUUGGAUAAGCGAGUGUUGGAAAAGUGAGACUCUACUGUAGCAGCAAAGUGUGUUUCCAUCCACUUCACAGUUCUGAGAUAAAACUUUAAAAUAACAACUUUUCAGUGUUGUGAUAGUUGGAAAGUUUUAUUAGUUUCCUCAAUAUCUUUUUUUGUCACCAGCCUUCUUGAUGCUUGUGUGCAUUCCAUAAUGAGACAUAGAUUGUGACCAAGUCAGAGUUCGCUUGUAGUUGUUGUUUAUUAAUGUCUAGACCACAGGCCGUUAACAUACAAACAAAUACAGUAGAGCCCCGCUUAUCCGACUUCAGCUUAUACGACACUCCGUUUUAUCCAAGGCCCAGGGCUCCCUCGCUCAUCCCCUCCCGGGCCAGCGCAGCAAAGCGGGCAGCUCACUCGCCAGGCCGGGUCCUGGGUCUGCUGCCACUGCCGCUGUUGCUGCCAGGACCAGCCUAGUGAGUGGGUGAGUGAGUGAGUGAAUGAGCGAGGGAGGGAGGGAGGGAGGAAGAGAGGGCCUUUGCCACUCGCUCUCACUCAUUCACUCACUCACCGGGCUGGGUCCUGGUUCUACCCUUGCUGCCGGGAGCAAGUUUAAGACGGAUAAUCGAGACUACUGUAUAGACAAUAUAAAAAUACUACAUAAAACAAUUGGCAUUCAGAUUUUGCCUGUUUAAAAUCCAGUACGAUUCAAAUACAAUAUACAGUAGAGUUCUGGUUAUCUGAGUUCCGGUUAUACGACAUACCGUAUUAUCCGACAUGCCAGGCUAGGCACAUACCGGGCUUCUCCAAACCAGGCACUUUGUGGAGAGAAAAGGCUCUUCCCUUUGCCAAUUGCCCAGCACUUUAGAGAAGCCCGGUGCACGUUGCUAAGUAGCAAGCACUCACCGGGCCUCUCUAAACUGGGCGCUUGAAAGAGGGAAGAGACUCUUCCUUUCCCCUAGCACCCGGCACUUUGGAGAAGCCCGGUGCGUAUUGCUAAGCGGUAAGCUUCUCUAAACCGGGCUUCUCUAAACCGGGUGCUUGGUGGAGGGAAGAGACUCUUCCCUUCCCCAAGCACCCGGCACUUUGGAGAAGCCCAGUGCAUGUUGCUAAGCGGUAAGCACGCACCAGGCUUCUCUAAACCAGGCACUUGGUGGAGGGAAGAGACUCUUCCCUUCCCCAAGCACCUGGCACUUUGGAGAAGCCCAGUGCAUGUUGCUAAGCGGUAAGCACGCACCAGGCUUCUCUAAACCAGGCACUUGGUGGAGGGAAGAGACUCUUCCCUUCCCCAAGCACCUGGCACUUUGGAGAAGCCCAGUGCAUGUUGCUAAGCGGUAAGCACGCACCAGACUUCUCUAAACCAGGCACUUGGUGGAGGGAAGAGAUUCUUCCCUUCGCCAAGCACCUGGCACUUUGGAGAAGCCCAGUGCAUGUUGCUAAGCGGUAAGCACGCACCAGACUUCUCUAAACCAGGCACUUGGUGGAGGGAAGAGAUUCUUCCCUUCGCCAAGCACCUGGCACUUUGGAGAAGCCCAGUGCAUGUUGCUAAGCGGUAAGCACGCACCAGACUUCUCUAAACCAGGCACUUGGGGGAGGGAAGAGAUUCUUCCCUUCGCCAAGCACCUGGCACUUUGGAGAAGCCCAGUGCAUGUUGCUAAGCGGUAAGCACGCACCAGACUUCUCUAAACCAGGCACUUGGUGGAGGGAAGAGAUUCUUCCCUUCGCCAAGCACCCGGCACUUUGGAGAAGCCCAGUGCAUGUUGCUAAGCGGUAAGCACGCACCAGGCUUCUCUAAACCAGGCACUUGGUGGAGGGAAGAGACUCUUCCCUUCGCCAAGCACCUGGCACUUUGGAGAAGCCCAGUGCAUGUUGCUAAGCGGUAAGCACGCACCAGGCUUCUCUAAACCAGGCACUUGGUGGAGGGAAGAGAUUCUUCCCUUCGCCAAGCACCUGGCACUUUGGAGAAGCCCAGUGCAUGUUGCUAAGCGGUAAGCACGCACCAGGCUUCUCUAAACCAGGCACUUGGUGGAGGGAAGAGACUCUUCCCUUCGCCAAGCACCUGGCACUUUGGAGAAGCCCAGUGCAUGUUGCUAAGCGGUAAGCACGCACCAGGCUUCUCUAAACCAGGCACUUGGUGGAGGGAAGAGAUUCUUCCCUUCGCCAAGCACCUGGCACUUUGGAGAAGCCCAGUGCAUGUUGCUAAGCGGUAAGCACGCACCAGGCUUCUCUAAACCAGGCACUUGGUGGAGGGAAGAGACUCUUCCCUUCGCCAAGCACCUGGCACUUUGGAGAAGCCCAGUGCAUGUUGCUAAGCGGUAAGCACGCACCAGGCUUCUCUAAACCAGGCACUUGGUGGAGGGAAGAGACUCUUCCCUUCGCCAAGCACCUGGCACUUUGGAGAAGCCCAGUGCAUGUUGCUAAGCGGUAAGCACGCACCAGGCUUCUCUAAACCAGGCACUUGGUGGAGGGAAGAGACUCUUCCCUUCGCCAAGCACCUGGCACUUUGGAGAAGCCCAGUGCAUGUUGCUAAGCGGUAAGCACGCACCAGGCUUCUCUAAACCAGGCACUUGGUGGAGGGAAGAGACUCUUCCCUUCGCCAAGCACCUGGCACUUUGGAGAAGCCCAGUGCAUGUUGCUAAGCGGUAAGCACGCACCAGGCUUCUCUAAACCGGGUGCUUAGCGGAGGGACGAGACUCUUCCCUCCGCCAAGUGCCCGGCUUGCCAAGAGGGAUAAUUAGGGCCUCCCUAAUUAUCCCUCAAAAAUAUGUACCCUUAGGUACAUAUUUCCACCAAAAAUAUGUACCCUUAGGUACAACAAUAUGCACUGGUAAAUGGUCAAUAAACAGGUAUAAAAUAUAAAGUUAGAUUUAAUGAAAUGCAAUAAGGACAGAAUUUACAAUUGUAAUGUUGAUGCUCCGUACACCAAAAUGAAUAUAUAACCAAACAAUGCUUGUUCUAUACAUAAGUUUGCCGCUUGUGAAAUCAAUUAAGCCAAAGAGCAUGUACAAUACAUGACCGGUUUUGACUCUUAAUCUUCCUCAGGUGAAUUUAUCUGAGAAAAUUAUAAUAAAUUAACAGGAGCAUGUAACAUAUCCCCACAAAUACAGUUAUAAAUAUAAGUACUCACAAGUGUACAUUCACAUGAAACAUCCUUUACAUUCCUCUCUCAAGUUUGUAUUCUUAUAUCUUUUUUCUGUGAUGGGUACUGAACAAAAGGAACCAACAGUGGCUAUAACAAAAUCAAAAGUUUUAAGAUUUCAAUUUCAAAAGUUUAUAUACAUAUCCAUAUACUCACAGUGUCUGUGAAUUUAUGUACUUCUGCGAUACUCUGCUGACGCUCUGUUAGUUCUUCGGCUCUUCGGCUCAACUGAUUGAUUUCACAAGCGACAAAUUUAUGUAUAGAGCAAGCAUUGUUUGGUUAUAUAUUCAUUUUGAUGUAUCAACAUUAAUAAUAAUAAUAAUAAUAAUAAUAAUAAUAAUAAUAAUAAUAAUAAUAAUAAAAAACUUUAUUUAUACCCCGCCACCAUCUCCCCGUGGGGACUCGGGGUGGCUUACAUGGGGCAGAGGCCCAAACAACAUAGAUCAAAACAUAGGCAACAAAUAAAAAUCACACUAUAAAAAGAUAAAACAGUAAUACAAUAUAUCAAUUAAAACAAAAAUACAGGAUAAAAAUUUGCAUUUAAAACACAAAAAUGGUAAAAUCGUAAUAACUGUAAUAAUUAAACAUUACAAUUGUAAAUUCUGUACUUAUUGUUUUUCAUUAAAUAUAACUUUAUUUAUAUUUUAUACCUUUUUAUUGACCACUAGCUGUGCCCGGCCACGCGUUGCUGUGGCGUUGUCUGGUGGUGUUGGUGAGAAAUUGUUGAGGUAGUGGUGGUUGGGCGGAGCUUAGCCCUCUAACUAGCAGCAAUUGGAUAAAAACAAUUAUUCCUCUCCCUCUAAUUAGGACUUUAUUUUUCUUUUCUUUUUGUUGUAUCAACCUAGAGCCGUGGAUGAUGGGUUGUGUUGUCAAAUUUCGAGGUUGGGGGGCCUGUAGUUGUUUUUUUUUUUCCGGUGCCCUGAUGCCAUCACUCUUUUAUAUAUAUAGAUUUACCAGUGCAUAUAGUUGUACUUGAGGUUACAUAUUAGUUUGGUGUAUAACCAGGAACCCAUUUACUUAAUAUCCUCCCAAUAUCCGACAGUUCCGGUUAUCCCACAUUCAUCCCGCCCGUUUAUGUUGGAUAACCGGAACUCUACUGCAUAAUACAUCAGAUAUAUACAAUGAGGUUAAAAUUCACUGUGGUUUUUCCUAAGUCAUUGAUUGCCUUUGCACAUAGCAACACAUACGUACGAAAGAAAACAAAAAUGCUCUUUUCAUUUGCACUCGUGCCGACCAUGGAUUGUGCUGCUGUUGUUUCUACGCUCAAUAGAUGCCUUACAUUUCAGAUCCCAUUUGCUUCCAAAGUCUCAGCGGCAUCGUCGUUGCGUUCUUGAUUUUCGUUUCAAUGCAAUGGACAUUUCCGAAAGUGAUGUUGCUCAUGUUAACGGGGAGCAAGUAAAGCCAGCAAGACCUUUUAUAAUCAUAAUUAUCAUUAUUUUUUGGGGCCGUGCCAGCUGGAGAGACCAAAAACUGGUGUAUUUUUGGAGAAUAUCCAUCCCCGUUGUAGAUCAGAUAGCUAUGAGAGAAUACAGGACUUGGCGUAUUGUCUGAGUUCACACAGCGGUGUUUUGGAAUCAUAAAUAUUGGUGUGUGUACGAUACCAAGUGUUUGUAACAAAGGUUGGCCUCGUCUGAGUGUUUCUUGUCACUCAUUCAUCUUUGAACACAUUCCAGCUUUGUGCCUCGUUUGUUUGGGUCGAUAAUCCUGAAACAGCUUUUCGUAGUGAUUUUUAGGGUAUAAACAAAAGCCAUCCUGUAAUGCAGAAGAUAAAUACUGCGUUGAUCUGUUGUACCGAUGCCUAUGUAUUCUGCAUUCUCUGUACUGAGCCAUUUGACGCAAUGUUGAGGACACAAUGUGCAAUCUCCAUACACUUGUGAGCAAUAAAAUAUACUUAAGUGAGAAGCAA